UUUAUCAGAUAGUCGAGGGCGAGGAAGUGGCAGUCGUUAAGAGCACACACACACACACACAGGCCCCCAACAUUAUCCCAGCCUUCCCUUCCCCUUCCCAUCUCAUACAACUGAGUUAUUGGUCCUUGCUAGCGUCACUACCACACGCCCACCUUCUCCCAGCACUCCCACCUUCUCCCAGCACUCCCACCUUCUCCCAGCACUCCCACCUUCUCCCAGCACUCCCACCUCCUCCCAGCACGCCUCACCUCCUCCCAGCACGCCUCACCUCCUCCCAGCACUCGCCUCUCCCAGGAAGACCACGCCUAGCUGAAGGUCGACAUGUAUUCCCAUUCGUCCACUAGUAUUCUACAACAGACGGGGAGGAUCCAGGGGGUCGCCAGGCCUUGUUGCUCAGACAGGGCUCUCAGAAUCACCAUCUACGUCCUGGGAGCUCUUUGUCUGGUUUGCUGGGCCUGCUGCAUCGCCGCUACCAUGGCAAAUUGUGGAGUAGCAAGCUACACACUCUAUGGAUCCUUCAUCUCCAUUCCGGUCGACGUGGGUUACAUCUACGUCACUUGUCGCAUCAUCUUCCUCAUCUCGGGUAGCAUGACGGUGACGCCAGAGGUGCUGGUGGACCUCCAGAGACUCAACGCUCGCCUGGUCACCUUCAUCGUCGUGGGCGUGUCCGUGUUUAUCACCGGCUGUGUUUGGUAUGCUGAUAAGCCCCCGUGGUAUGCCAACUAUAACGCCUACGAAGUCUUCUUCAUCACUGCUUUUGGCUUCCUGCUGGCCGUCAUAGUAGUGGGCCUCUCCGCGGGCCUUCACGACCAGUACCAGAAACAGGUGGCUGGGACCGGGCUCCCAGUGAUCAACGAGAGUCCUCAACAGUAUGCACCAGAUCAGGAAAUCCCUCUACAGCAGCACAUCCAGAGGGCCCCUUAUGCUCACAGCUACCCUCGCUACCCACCUCCUCCCGUGCCCAAACCAGAGGCGUACUACCCAUCUCGCUAACCACUGUUCAUGUUGAUCUUGUCUUAUGCUCAAAAUCAUUUGUGUAUAAUUCCUGUCUUAUUCAUUAGUUAUUGAGAAAGACAAAUACAAACUUGUGAGUGCAGAAGUUAGAAAAAUCAGUCAUAUUGCAGGUGUAACUCCAUGAAUGGUUUCAUUUAAUAUUUCACAUACAGUGAGAGUCAGUCACACAGAAUAUUGACGGUGCCAGAGUUAGUUGACGGAGGUAAGAGUUAGUUUAUUGCUGUGAAUUAUCAAUAUUAAUAUUGUACCACAUUACAUAUAUAUGUCAUGUAUUAAGUGAUGAUAUUUAUGUGAAGUGAAGAGAGGUGACAACAGGGAGACGAUGAAGUCUAUUGAUUUAUCGUGACUGAAUGUACGUAUACCUUUAUGAUUGCUGUGAUUGAGAGGUUUAGCAACUGCUAUUAUCAAGCCUCUGAAAUAUUGCCAAAGUGAUUAAUUAAGCAAUUUAUAGAUUACUUUAUCACUGUUCAAGACACGAUAAUGUAAUUUUCACGAGGUUCAGUGCAGAAGUAGCGCAGUAGACCUGCUCUUAAAGUAUUUAUAAUUUUAAUUUAGUGAGGCUUUAUUUCAUUUAUUGUAUUUUAUUAUUAUAGCUGCUUUAGUAAAUGAUUUGUAUUA